ACAAACAAAGAAUGUCUACGUUUUAAUAUUUAUUUUCAGAUUUGGGCAAUUGUUGUUCCAAUUUUUAUAUUUUCCUCUUGAAAUGUCGAAUAGUUGCUUCACUCUUACCUUUGCGGUAGAAGUCGUACUUAAUGAAGAAAAUCCUCAGCAUGACAAUACUAGUGCGGACUGGACGGAACUGGGCCCCUGUAGCCAAGGUUUAAGGCUUCACUAUAACUUAUAUCAAGGAUAUACGUAUGACGUAGAUGUUCUGAUGUGGCCGAAUGCUGGUAAAAUAUGGUGUGGGAACAAAUACGGUUGGGUGAGAACUUGGCAAUUCUUUAAUAAGCUUUGGAUGGUUUUCACGAUACGACAUAAAUUUCCAGUAAAGGUUGAAGAAUUCCGUUUUCUAGAGAUUGUCAUUGCACCUACCAUCGGUAUUGGAUCGUUAGGUUCCAACGCUAGAAAUGACAAAGAUUUCUUUGUAUUAAUACCACCUCUAGAGUUCGGUGAGCUGCGAUAUUUUGGUAAAAUUGUAGAGAGUGGAGACGAUGGUGUCAUUAAAUCAAUUAUAAAUUCGAUUUGGAAAAAUGUUAUAAAACACAUCCCAGCUUCAUGUUUUGAUGGAGAAUUCGAUACUCCGUUAUUAGUAUCAGAUGUUCGACACCAGGACGCAAUCUUAGGAUUCAUAAGAGAAACUAUGUUGUCAUCUAAGCUUCAGAUCAAUAACAUUGGGGGUAGCGGUGACUUGUCACAUCUCAAGGAUAAAGGAAAAAAGAGUUCUCCCGAAUCUGAAAGUUAUAAACUGAAAAUAAGCGGAGAAGUCAUUCUUGCUGGGUCUGGAAGAUUAAAUCGACUACUUGAAGUCGGACAUCGCUCAACACUCCACGGCCGCAUUUUAGCUGUGGUUAGUGCUAGCAACUUGCCGGCACAAGACGAUUUACCUAUAAUGUUCGUUAAUAUUAAAAACCUAGAAGGUGUACCAAUAAAUGAAUUUAAAAAAGCUGGUAUUCAUCAAAUAUAUACACGUUGGAAAGUGGGAAAAACAGAACAUGACUCCGUGUUACUUAAUGUGACGACAAACACCAAAUAUCAAUUUAAUGAUAACCACGUCAUACCGAUUGAAAAAUCGUUAAUUGUUGAUAUAUUCAAUGCGUUAAUGGAUAAUGGCGUUGAUGUCCAGUUGCGGGGUUUAAGAAGAAUUCAAAAGAAAGAGAAUUUACAAAAUUUUUUUAGCACCCAAUCGAAUGGUACUUCUUCUGGUUCUUUAAAUAUUGAUAUUGAAGACGAUUUAUUUAUAGCAAGCACUCGUAUUGAUGUCCGAGAAUUGUCCAAAGGAUCAAAUAAAGUCAUAUCUGGAGAGUUCUCUUUGUAUCCAGAACAGACUGAAUUUUUGAAUUUAAAAAGUGACUGCACUAAUUAUGUUAAUGAUAUAAGUAUGCACAAGAACAAGAUUGGUUUUCAACCGCAUGUUGUAUUUAAUUCGCAAAUGAUGCUUGAACUAUCCGUUGGUUUGCUUGGAUGUGAAAUAAGCUUAUCGAAAUGUUUUUCUCGACUCUACGUGUUAGUUGAAAACGCAAAAGUAGCAUGUGAUGUCUUAGAAAACAUUGAAGAGAUUAAUCAAGUAAUACAUACGAAAGAAAAUUACUUAACAGGAUUUUAUCUCGAUACCGGUGACAAACAGUUCAUUUUCGUGGAAGGUGAAAAGAAUAAAGAUAUCGUCAAACUUUGGGAAGAAAUCGAAAGUUAUUCUUCUAAUGUUAAAUGCAAUUUUUCAAGUUCAGAUACCUAUUUGGAAAGAAUUUAUCCAGAAAUGGUUACUUCGAAUAGGCCUUUCGAUGUAUUAAAAAUGCGUGUGUCAUUAUCGUCUUUGUUGGCUUGCCCUCCAGUCUACGCUCUUCCUGUACUACCUUUGCCCUCUAGAAUGGCAAUGAUAAAGAUAAGUCAAGUUAUAUCUGGUAAAUUAAAGAAAACUCCGUCCCGUCGCGAAAUGCCGACUGUGUCAGAGUUGCGAAGUUUCAAACUUGAACUGUGUGCACCUUUACGAUCCUAUAAAGCUCGAGAUUUUUUAUUCACAUACAAAAAUGACUGAAAACUUUUGGAAUCCCUAUACUUACUUAUGAAAAAUAACCAGUACCAUUUUUAGUAGAAUAAAGUUAAUUUAUAUUGUAUCCUUUAUUACUAUACAAACAUAUCUAUAAAUAUUUUCUUUAAAGUAAUAAAGUUUAGUAGCGAAAUUUAAUAAUUAAGAAGUGUAUUUUUUAAAUCCUUCGCCGAGUUCUAAAACGUAACGCUAUUGGUCGAAGCAAGUGACUUACUAUCUAUUAUGGCCAACUUUUCAUCUACAUUAAUUUAUAUAGAAAUUUACUGUUAAAGUAUAUUACUGUGAAUACUAUUCAAAAACUAGCUUUUAAAUAUAAAAUAAAUAGAUUUAAUCAUUAAUUAAAUCCUAUUUGUACCGGGAAUAACGAAAUUGAAAUAAAAUAUUUGUCGUAUUUCCA